AUGGAUCGAUGGAUAAUUUCGAAUUUUAUUCCUUGGGCAACCAAUGAAUGUCGAUCUACUCUAAUUCAUCAAGAUUCUGAUCGUGGUUUAGUAGAUACAGAAGAUUCCAUCAAUCUUGCUUUACAAGCCUUUUUAUCUUCUUUAUCUGCUUUGAUCGAUAUGCGUCGUCCUCAAGACAAAUAUCCGGAUGCACGACGAUACAAACGACAGAUACAUUUACAUGUGGGUCCGACCAAUAGUGGCAAGACUCAUUCUGCUUUACGUGCGCUACAUGGUGCACAUACUGGGGUAUAUGCUGGUCCACUCCGAUUACUUGCCCACGAGGUCUUCACACGGAUGAAUAAGGGUCAGAUCGCACACGAUUUAGCUCCAAGGGCAUGUAACUUGGUCACAGGUGAAGAACAGAGGACAGUAGAGAUAGCCGCAGGAUUGGUAAGCUGUACCGUUGAAAUGUUAUCACCGCAUCAGUACUAUGAUGUAGUAGUGAUUGAUGAGAUCCAAAUGAUUGGAGACAUUUAUCGUGGUGAUGCUUGGACACAAGCUGUAUUAGGAACUCAAGCAAAAGAACUUCAUUUAUGUGGUGAAGAAAGUGUGAUUGAAUUGAUUCGAAAACUAUCAAUAGAUUGUGGUGAUGAAUUUAUUCUUCAUGAAUAUCAACGUCUUACACCUUUAAAAGUAUCAGAGCAAAGUUUAAAAGGUGAUUUAAGUCAAAUUCAAAAAGGUGAUUGUGUGGUGACUUUUAGUAGGAAUAAUAUUUAUGCUAUUAAAAAGUUGAUUGAAGAACAAACUGAUUUAAGAGUCGGAAUGGCUUAUGGUGGUUUACCUCCUGAAGUUAGAGAACGUGAAGCUAGAAUGUUUAAUCUGGGAUCAGAAAUCGAAGGUGAAGGUGGUUAUGAUGUCUUGGUUGGAAGUGAUGCGAUUGGAAUGGGUCUUAACCUAAAAAUCAAGCGUGUGAUCUUCGAGGCUUUGUAUAAAUUUGACGGUCAAAGAGAAGUAACUCUUAGUACAUCCCAAAUUAAACAGAUAGGCGGCCGAGCAGGAAGAUUCGGCAUCUUACCCACCAAAGUGAAAUCAGAAUCCAAUCAAUCUUCGGAAGGCGAGCCUAUCACUCAAUGCGUAGGCGAGGUUGCUACCCUCCAAGAAUCUGAAAUGCCUUUACUUCGAAAAUGUAUGGUUGCACCCUUUGAGCCUAUCACUCAGGCAGUCAUCAAAGCACCCUUUGAGACUGUACAAGGAUUGGCUCGAAUGGUACCACCAGGCGUUCGAUUUUCAACCUUGCUUAACCUUCGUCGAACACUUACGGUCACAUCACCGAUUUUCGCUAUCGGAGAUGAAAACAAUGCAGCUGGUAUUGCGGACUUAUUAGAAGAUAUCACGAAUCUUAGUUUAGCAGAACGAGAUUUAUUUUGUAGUGCACCUGCCAGCUCUCGUAAUCCGGUAGCUAUGACAGCGCUUCGAAGUUGGGCAACUGCUCAUUCAAAACGUAAAUUAGGAAACUUAUCUGAAAUUAAAACUGAACCUAUUAAUGAAAAAAAAUCAAAAUCAAAAGAGAAAUUAGAUCAACAAAGUUUAUUUAGACUUGAAAGUUUACAUAAAUGUUUAGUAUUAUAUCUUUGGUUAGGAUUUCGAUUACCUGAAACUUUUACAUUUAUGAAGCUUUGUACAGAUUUGAAACUUAAAAGUGAAGAUGCUCUUGCACUUGGUUUAAAUUCACUUGGUCAUCGUCAUCGUCGUCACGGACAAAAUUUGGUAAAUGAAGUUUCUACUUUAGAAACUGAGAUUAAUCAUGAUUUGGAUCCAUCAUCUAGUAGCAGUUCUUGUCAUGUUUGA